AGCUGUAACGCUGACUCUGAAGGCCCCGUGCUACAACUGAUUUGGGACUGAUCUGAUUGCUACUAGCUACUGUUUCAAUAUGUCGACAACUCCCCUCACUGCUGCUCUGCUUAUCGUGAGUGACACUUGUUCAAGAGACACCUCACAAGACAAAUCUGGCCCAAAGCUCAAAGCUGUGCUCAUCGAAGCAUCUCCUCGUUGGCAGAUUCAACACCUGGCCAUCUGUGCAGAUGAGAUACCAGAGAUCCAAAAGCACGUACGUGGAUGGGCUGCUGAUGGCAUCAAUCUUGUCAUCGCUUCCGGUGGUACAGGCUUUGCAGAGCGUGACGUGACGCCUGAGGCCAUCGAGCCAAUCCUGACAAAACGAGCACCUGGCCUCGUUCAUGCCAUGUUUGCAGCAAGUCUUGAAAUCACACCUCUCGCUGCCAUGGCAAGACUCGUUGCUGGUGUGUGUGACAAGACGCUAGUUGUAACGAUACCAGGAAGCCCUAAGGGUGCUGUGGAGAACUUGCAGGCUAUUGUCAAGUUACUCCCGCAUGCUUGUGAUCUUGCUGCCAAUACCGUUCAGUCACGCAUGGUACAUGCUCAAGGAACGGGCCCUAUUGAACAACAAGCUGGCCUAUCGCCAAGCUUUGUCAAAGAUGAGGAGUCCGGCCAUCGCUGUACUGGUCAUCACGAUCAUGCAUCCGAUGCAGCACCAUCAACGAAUGACCCGCUUGCACCCGUCACGCGACGUCAACGACAUUCACCAUGGCCCAUGAUUUCUGUUGUUCAAGCACAUCAAAUCAUCCUCGAACAGCAAAUCACACAAGCUCACUUGCGAAAGGAGAAUCGAUCUUUCUAUGAUAAGUCCCUGGUCGGUAGUAUUCUCGCCGAAGAUGUCUAUGCAGACGAUGACGUUCCGGCAUUUCGCGCGAGUAUCGUGGACGGGUAUGCCAUUCAGGCCAAGCAUGGACCAGGCGUGUAUCGUGUCGCUGGUGUUGCCCAUGCUGGUGAUUCAGCUGACCAAGUGACGGACGGCAAGACGGUCGUUCGCAUCACGACAGGUGCGCCGAUUCCUGACGGUGCGGAUGCGGUUGUCAUGGUGGAAGAUACCGAACUUGACAGUGCCUCUACACAAGGCGAAGAGACAACCGUCAAGAUCAACGCCUUGGCGAACGUUGGCGAGAAUGUGCGUGAAAUUGGGUCAGACAUCAAAAAGGGAGUUUUGAUGUUGAGAGCUGGCACGACAUUGACGACAACAGGCGGCGAGAUUGGGCUGCUUGCUUCUGCAAGAGAUGCAGAGACUGGCAUCUCUGUAUGGCGGAAAGCAGUCGUUGGCGUGAUGAGUACUGGCAAUGAGCUUGUUGAACCUGGUUCCAGCCAACCCCUCAAUCCUGGUCAAGUGCGAGACUCGAAUCGUGCUUCGUUGCUCGCGGCUGUUCGUGGCUACGGCUUUGAUGCAGUUGAUUUUGGCAUUGUCGCCGACAAAUUUGGUACACUCUCAGCAGCACUGAAGAAAGCAACAGAUCAGGUCGACUUGCUCAUCACAACGGGUGGUGUGAGCAUGGGUGAGAUGGAUCUGUUGAAACCGACCUUGCAACGAGAACUCGGUGCAACACUGCAUUUCGGUCGUGUAGCAAUGAAGCCUGGCAAGCCCACAACAUUUGCGACAGUACCGCAUGAUCAUAAGCCAUCGACAUUGGUGUUUGCACUACCUGGCAAUCCUGCGUCAGCGCUUGUGACGUUUCACUUGUUUGUGUUGCCUGCGCUGCGUCGUUUGAGCGGCUACCCAGAGCAGCAACUCCAUCUUCCUCGCAUUCCUAUUUGUCUCGAUGGACCUGUCGCGUUGGACGCACGACCAGAGUAUCAUCGUGUUGUCAUCAGUGUGACACAAGCAGGCAAGUUGAAGGCCAGAAGCACAGGCGGUCAACGGAGUUCACGCGUGGGGAGUCUUGUCUGCAAUGGAUUCCUGUGUCUGCCGGCAAAAACGCCAGAAAAGGAGAAACUUGAUGUGGGUGAUACGGUGGAAGCUAUGCUCUGUGGUGAGCUGCAGCUGUCUAAGGAUUAGGUCUUGCUUUUCAUAGUUGAAUAUUCACUAUUUCCCCUGAAU